ACCUUCACAACUAAAUCAGAUUACAAAACAGAGCCUUUUGUCUAAAAACACAUCUCUCUUUCUCUCUUUGUGGAUCUGAAAUGGCGAUUCCUGUUAUCGAUUUUUCCAAACUCAAUGGUGAAGAAAGGGAGAAGACACUGUCUGAAAUCGCUAGAGCUUGUGAAGAAUGGGGAUUUUUUCAGCUGGUGAACCAUGGUAUUCCAUUGGAACUUCUGAAUAAGGUGAAGAAACUGAGCUCAGAUUGCUACAAAACAGAGAGAGAAGAAGCAUUCAAGACCUCUAAUCCGGUGAAGUUACUCAACGACUUGGUUCAAAAGAACUCUGGCGAGAAACUCGAAAACGUUGACUGGGAAGAUGUCUUCACUCUCUUGGACCAUAACCAAAACGAAUGGCCAUCCAACACUUCUGGCCUCAAAGAGACGAUGGGGGAAUACAGAGAAGAAGUGAGGAAGCUAGCGAGCAAAAUGAUGGAAGUGAUGGAUGAGAAUUUGGGUUUGCCUAAAGGUUACAUUAAGAAAGCUUUCAAUGAAGGAAUUGAAGAUGGAGAAGAGACAGCUUUCUUUGGGACUAAAGUCAGCCAUUACCCACCUUGUCCUCAUCCUGAGCUCGUCAAUGGCCUUCGAGCUCAUACUGAUGCAGGAGGAGUCGUUUUGUUGUUCCAAGACGAUGAAUAUGAUGGCCUUCAAGUCUUGAAAGACGGCGAGUGGAUUGAUGUUCAGCCGCUACCUAACGCCAUCGUUAUCAACACUGGUGAUCAGAUUGAAGUUCUUAGCAACGGAAGGUACAAGAGCGCGUGGCACAGGGUGUUGGCGAGGGAGGAAGGAAACCGAAGGUCUAUAGCUUCCUUCUACAACCCGUCGUACAAGGCGGCGAUUGGACCAGCCGCAGUGGCGGAAGAGGAAGGAAGUGAGAAGAAGUAUCCAAAGUUUGUGUUUGGAGAUUAUAUGGAUGUCUAUGCAAACCAGAAGUUCAUGCCUAAGGAGCCUCGUUUUCUAGCUGUAAAGUCUCUCUAAAUGUACUCUUUUUUAAUUUUUAUUUUGACAGUAUUAUCACUGUUCUAUCUACCCCCCACAUUAUGUAUUUUCUCUUAAGUUAUAAAUGCCAAAUUAUAUAGUUAAAAAUUUGGCAUCUGUUCUUCUGGCUUUAUAUUUUAUUUUUAUUUUUGUUUUUCCAUGUGAUGUAUGAAUCUUUGUUGUGACCUAUGUUCUUAGUUUUUGAAUAUAAAUGUGUGUACCUU